AUGUACCCCGUUGGCCAACCUCCAACGGGGGAGACGAGUGCUGGUGCAGUAGGCGUGACUGGUGCUGUGACUUCGCCAGCAGGUGCCACAGCAGCGGCACCUGGGGCUCCGAGUACUGCACCUGCAACAGGGGCAGCUCCACCUGUAGUAGUGGGGGCAGGUCCUAUGGCACUCGUGCCUCCAGCCGCAGCUCCCCCUCCUGAUCUGCCAGUUCUAACAUGCCCUCGUCGACCCAACCUCGGCCAUGAAGGUCGCCCAAUUAUGCUCAGGGCAAACCAUUUUCAAAUAUCUAUGCCUAGAGGUUUUGUACAUCAUUAUGAUGUCAAUAUACAGCCGGAUAAAUGUCCUAGAAAGGUCAAUAGGGAAAUAGUAGAAACAAUGGUCCAUUGUUACAAUAAAAUAUUUGGUACAUUAAAACCAGUAUUUGAUGGAAGAAACAAUUUAUACACAAGAGACCCACUACCAAUUGGCAAUGACAGGGUUGAAUUAGAAGUAAUAUUGCCAGGUGAAGGAAAAGAUAGAGUAUUUCGUGUGACUAUCAAAUGGGUUGCUCAGGUAUCACUUUUUGCUUUGGAAGAAGCUUUGGAAGGUCGCACAAGACAAAUUCCAUAUGAUGCAAUAUUAGCAUUGGAUGUGGUUAUGAGACAUUUACCAUCUAUGAUGUAUACACCAGUUGGUCGGUCAUUCUUUUCCUCUCCAGAAGGAUAUUACCAUCCACUUGGUGGUGGAAGGGAAGUUUGGUUUGGUUUCCAUCAGUCAGUGAGACCAAGUCAAUGGAAAAUGAUGCUCAAUAUUGAUGUGUCUGCAACUGCCUUUUAUAAAGCGCAACCUGUUAUAGAAUUUAUGUGUGAAGUGUUAGAUAUAAGAGACAUAAAUGACCAAAGAAAGCCUCUAACUGAUUCUCAGCGUGUUAAGUUUACAAAGGAAAUUAAAGGACUUAAGAUUGAAAUAACUCACUGUGGGACAAUGAAGCGUAAAUAUAGAGUGUGCAAUGUAACACGCAGACCUGCUCAAAUGCAGUCAUUUCCACUACAGUUAGACAAUGGACAGACUGUAGAGUGUACAGUAGCCAAAUAUUUCUUGGAUAAGUAUAAAAUGAAACUGAGGUAUCCCCAUUUACCUUGUCUUCAAGUGGGACAGGAACACAAACAUACAUAUUUGCCUUUAGAAGUUUGUAAUAUUGUUCCUGGUCAGAGAUGUAUUAAAAAGUUAACUGAUAUGCAAACAUCUACUAUGAUUAAAGCUACUGCUAGAUCGGCACCAGAUAGGGAGCGGGAAAUAAAUAAUUUAGUACGACGAGCAAAUUUCAAUACGGACCUUUAUGUAAAGGAAUUCGGAUUAACAAUAUCCAACAAUAUGAUGGAAGUAAGAGGGAGAGUUCUUCCACCGCCAAAACUUCAAUACGGCGGCCGUGUGUCGUCUUUAGGUGGACAGCAAGCAUUGCCUAACCAAGGUGUAUGGGACAUGCGCGGGAAGCAGUUCUUCAUGGGAGUUGAAAUUCGUGUCUGGGCUAUUGCAUGUUUUGCUCCGCAGAGAACUGUUAGAGAGGAUGCUCUUAAAAAUUUUACACAACAACUGCAAAAGAUCUCUAAUGAUGCUGGAAUGCCAAUUAUUGGGCAACCAUGUUUCUGCAAGUAUGCUACUGGACCAGAUCAGGUGGAGCCCAUGUUCAAAUAUCUCAAGUCUACAUUUGUUCAGCUGCAGCUGGUUGUUGUUGUGUUGCCAGGAAAAACUCCUGUAUACGCUGAAGUAAAACGCGUUGGUGACACUGUACUCGGAAUGGCUACCCAAUGUGUACAAGCCAAGAAUGUUAACAAGACCUCCCCACAAACACUAAGUAACCUUUGCCUGAAGAUUAAUGUAAAAUUGGGAGGGAUUAACUCUAUAUUAGUGCCAUCAUUGCGUCCAAAGCAAGUCCAGUCUGAGCGUCAACAAGAAACGCAGACUACUAACUUAGAACCGAACAGUAUCCAUAGCGAGGACUGUUUCAAUGUGUUCAACGAGCCCGUCAUCUUCCUCGGCGUGGACGUGACCCACCCGCCGGCCGGUGACAACAAGAAGCCCUCUAUCGCUGCGGUGGUCGGGUCGAUGGACGCCCACCCCUCGCGGUACGCGGCCACCGUGCGCGUGCAACAGCACAGACAGGAGAUAGUACACGAGAUGAGCAGCAUGGUGCAAGAGCUGCUGAUAAUGUUCUACAAGAGCACGGGCGGCUUCAAGCCGCACCGCAUCAUAAUGUAUCGCGACGGAAUAUCCGAGGGCCAGUUCAUCCACGUUCUCCAGCACGAGCUCACGGCCGUGCGCGAGGCCUGCAUUAAGCUGGAGGCGGAAUACAAGCCGGGCAUCACGUUCAUCGUGGUGCAGAAGCGCCACCACACGCGGCUGUUCUGCGCCGACAAGAAGGAGCAGUCGGGCAAGUCGGGCAACAUCCCGGCCGGCACCACCGUCGACCUGGGCAUCACCCACCCCACCGAGUUCGACUUCUACCUCUGCAGCCACCAGGGCAUACAGGGCACGUCGCGGCCGUCGCACUACCACGUGCUGUGGGACGACAACCACUUCGGCUCCGACGAGCUUCAGUGCCUCACCUACCAGCUGUGCCACACGUACGUGCGCUGCACGCGCUCCGUUUCGAUCCCGGCGCCCGCCUACUACGCGCACCUGGUCGCCUUCCGCGCCCGCUACCACCUCGUCGAGAAGGAGCACGACUCGGGCGAGGGCAGCCACCAGUCCGCCUGCAGCGAGGACCGCACGCCGGGCGCGAUGGCGCGGGCGAUCACCGUGCACGCGGUCACCAAGAAGGUCAUGUACUUCGCC